UCUUGUUAAUAAACUUUCUCCUCACUCUCUCCCCCUGCCUAAACUUCCUCCAGAGAAACUCCCCCUUAAACCCUUCUCCUCCAUAAACCCUUCUCCUCCUUGCUCGCUUGGGUUUCCUCCUCUGUGCCGCAUAAAAAGAUGGCUUUCAUCAACAAGAUUGGACGUAUACUCAAGGAAACAUCACGCAAGCUGCCAAGAUUUGAAUCAUCAUUUCCCAAUGCAUCAUUUUACCAGGCUAUUAGAUGUUUUUCCUCGUCUAAGCUUUUCAUUGGAGGUCUCUCAUUUUCGACUGAUGAGAAUAGUUUGAGAGAAGCUUUCUUGCCUUAUGGGGAUGUUGUUGAAGGGUUAUCUUUGAUCGUGAGUCAGGAAGAUCAAGAGGCUUCGGCUUUGUCUCCUAUGCAUCUGCUGAAGAGGCAUCUGCUGCCAUCCAGGCUUUGGAUGGAAGGGAAGCAUGAGCUGGAGCCUCUUGGAAUUUAUACGAUGUUUGUGAACUUGGGAACUUUGGGAGUCAUCAAAGAGAAAUUGCUUAAUAAGCUGGACCUUCAUGGCAGAUUUCUUAAAGUAGAUUAUGCUGCAGACCAGAGACGUACCAGUCAAGGUCCGAGUUUUUCUGGUGCUGCUGGCUAUGGUGACAGCUUUAGAGGAAAUGAUGGGUAUGGAACUAUUAGCAAUCAAUCUGGUAUCAGUGGAAAUGGUGGUAAUUAUAAUUCAUAUGGUAACACAGGGUACGGAAACACUGGAAACUACAGUAAUAGCAACUACAGCAGCGCUAGUGCUGGCAACUAUGAGGGCUCUUCUGCCAAUAUAAAUGGCAGGGCUACUUACACAGCAGAAGGUGUGCCGAGUAUUCAUCCUGGUGGUAACUUUAGUAUGCGAGAUGUUUCAAAUGGAGCUAGUGGGCACUAUUUACCUAAUGAUGUACGUGACGACUUCAAAGGCAAUCCCGAGGGUGGUUAUGGGGUUGCUGCUGCAUUUGGUGGAAGUUCUGGAAAUGGUAGUCCUGAAUUCACUGGAAACUUUAGCAGUAACGGUUAUAGCAAUGGUAAUGUUGAUAGCUACAAUGCUAAUUAUGGUGGGGCUAAUAGCUUCAACAACAGGGCACAGUAUAACACUGUGAGAGAAGACAAUGAUUAUUGGAGGGGUCAUAACCUGAACUCCGAUAAUAAACUAAAUGAUCAGGAUGAGACCACGAGAAGCUACAUGAAUGACAAUGGCUAUACCAAUGCAAGGUUUGGUUGAUCAUUGGAAGUAAUAAGCACAGGCUCAAUACCAGACAAGAGACACGAGGGUGAAUCAUGAAUCGCAAAUCAGAGAAAAUUUGGUGAUAUAUGGUUGGGAAAUACAGCGGGAUGAUAAAAGUUAUGCGAUAAUCCAUCAUGAGGAACUUCUGUCGUCCUUUUCCGUUCUUGGCUGCUCUCUUAAUUGAUUAUCUAUGGAGAUUUGAGUAUCACUAUGUUUGGCGAAUGGUAACCUUCUCAAAAGACUCACCAUCUAGAGUGCUAAUUAAUCAUUUUGCCUCCAAUUCUUGCUAUUUUUGUAACAAUCUACAGUUAUUAGCAUUUGCCCACUUGCAGCAAGAACUUAAGCUAUGUUUCUCUAUUGAUUUAAAUUUUUGUCCUAGUAGUUUUCAAUUGAAGUUCUUAUUAAUAAUAUGAGCUUAAAUAUGAUAGAAUAUAUUGUUAUCUUUGACGAGAUGAUAAGCUGCAUUUCUGUGAAGUGUAUGCUUUUCUUCUACAAAAGAUGCUUAUAGAAGAAUUGAUUUAACAUGUCA